AUGUACCGGCAAGUGUGGAUUAAAGAAGAGCAUAGAUCGCUUCAGCGCAUUCUAUGGCGUGACUCACCUAACAUGAAAAUACAAGUGUACGAACUGAAUACGGUUACAUAUGGAACAACUAGCGCUCCCUUCCUUGCUAUAAGAUCACUACGAGAAGCAGCUACACGUGAAAGAUCAAAACAUCCGCAAGCGGCAGAAAGUAUUUUAUCAUCAUUCUAUGUUGACGAUUUUUUGGGGGGAGGGGAGACAGUCAAUGAAGUUAAAAUGUUAAAAAUAGACGUGGAAAAAAUCUUAACACCAUAUGGAUUUGAUCUAAGAAAAUGGGCGUCAAACAACUCAAGUGUUCUUCAAGAAUGUCAAAAUCACCAAGAAGCGUUGUACUUCAACACAGAGGAAGAAGUGAAAGUUCUCGGUAUAGAGUGGAACCCAAAUUGCGACACAUUCUGCUUCAAUUCAGUUCCUCCAAGCACUCUACAUACAAAAUUAACAAAAAGAAUAAUCUUAGCAGAAUCCUCGAAACUCUACGAUCCACUGGGUUUCGCAUCUCCUAUCGUAAUUAGGGCGAAGUUUCUGUUGCAAAAGCUGUGGCAGCUGAAGUUAGAUUGGGAUGUAAUCGCACCAAGUGAGUUAGCAAGGCAAUGGUUACAGUUACGAGAGGAAAUGAUAUAUCUUAAGGGUAUAAAAAUCUCCAGGCAUCUACAAAUAUCAAGAAGAUGUACAUCAUUCGUCGUUCACGGAUUUUCAGACGCAUCUCUUCAAGGGUACGGAGCGUGUUUAUAUGCAGUGUGCAAGAAUGACGAAGGUGUAACGUCUAGCUUAAUCUGUUCAAAGUCCAGGGUAGCGCCGCUAAAGCCAUGCUCAUUGCCGCGCUUAGAACUGGCUGCUGCUUUGUUACUCAUCAGGCUGACCAGGAAGGUUGUAGCAGCUCUGAAAACUAAACCAGCAAAACUUUACUUCUGGUCUGACUCAACAAUCACCCUGCACUGGAUCAAUAGCACAGCAAAUAGAUGGAAUAU